AUGGGCAUGGCGCGCCUCGGGCGGACGGGAGCGUGGCUCGUCAUCUGCGCGGCGAUCCUGCUGGCGCGCGGCGGCGGAUGCCUGCGGCCAGGCAUAGUCGAAAGCAGGGCAGAAGGGUUUGGUCGCCUCCGGCACAACAGGGAUAUAUCUCAAGACAGCAGUGCAGAUGAGCAAGCAACGGAUGGGGCAUACCUGCAGUACUUUGUGGACAGUGGAGGCGUCCUGGUCAUGAACCAGUCACGUGUGCCUGAGGACUUUGACACUGACCUCAUGCUUACCAGGACAGUGCCUUUGUAUGCGGGCUCGGGCCACUGGGCAUCAAAGGCAGCUCUGCCCUUGGCAAGGAGCGAUCACCAGGCAGUGGCUGUGGGAGAUCUGGUGUACAUUGUGGGUGGUCUCGAUGCUUCCAACAGUGCCAUUGACGAUGUCACAAUCUACGACACUGUCCUGGACACAUUCAGCCCUGGUCCAGCCCUGCCCACCCCGCUUCACCGCUUCGGAAUCGCCUUCCUCUCUGCUGACAGUGGAACCUCAAACGGGACCAUCUAUGUGAUGGGAGGCUUGGAAUCUGCCGAUUUCGAUGCACUGGCAUCUGAUAGGGUGCACAUACUGGACUUGGGGACAAUGGAGUGGAGUGAGGGGCCUCCGCUGGCCGUCCCAAGAUCCGAUCUCUGUGGCUACGCUGUGAAUGGGAAGGUACUUGCGGCAGGGGGCUAUGCAGCAGAAUUUGCUUCCACGCUGGCUUCUGUUGAGGUACUUGAUCUGAGCAGCGGAGAAUGGGCUGCUGUGGAGGACAUGCCGACGCCUCGGGGUGACGUGAAGUGCGGUGUCCUUGGGGACAAGUUUGUGGUGGCCGGCGGUUUUCUUGACCCCCUCAACCUGUUCAGGAACACUUUCUUUCGGCAGGAGGUGGAGGCCUAUGACACGGUCACUGAGAAGUGGGAACAGCUGCCUGACCUGCCCGUUGCCCGUGGUGAUGUCGCUUUGGUGUCCCUCCCAGGUGGUCGCCUACUGUCCGUUGGUGGGGAGACUCAUGGCAGGGGCACCCGAACCGAGGUGGCCACACACUCAGUGUACGAGUACACAACGGGACACAACACAUGGGUGGAGAAGGCGCCCAUUCCGGCUGCAAGGUUUCGCAUGGAUGGCGCACACGUCAACGGCGUGGUUUAUGUGUUUGGCGGCCACUCUCUGUGCGAUAGUGACAGGGAAUGUGUGGAAACGAACGACACGCAAGCUUACUUUGACGUGAACCACCCGAACUACUUCCUGCUGUCUCAGAGUGCGGACGCCUCGCCCCCGGUUUUUCUUCCUCAGGCCGAUGAGGACAUCAGUGACGACUUUGUGGAAGGUUUUGUGAGGGAAGGGGGCAUUGUGCUGUUCAAUAUGCCCUUACAACCGGAGAAAUACCGGUUGACAAAGGGCCUCGUGCAGAUCGGCCCUCUUUAUGCAGGAGCAGGCAGCUGGACUCAGAAAGCGAAAAUGCCGUUUGGCAGGAGCGACCAUCAGGUAGCGGCGAUCGGCGACUUCAUAGGCAUCUUCGGCGGCGUGGACGCCUCCAACGCAACCACUGAUGCCUACACGAUCUACGACACCGUCCUCGACACCUAUCUGGAUGGCCCGCCGCUGCCCGGUCCCCUCGCCCGCUUCGGCAUCGCCCUCCUGCCGGGCCCCUCCGGCACGCCCGACGACGGCAAGGUGUACAUUAUCGGCGGCGUGGAGUCAAUUGGCGAAAAUUCUUCCGCGAUCGCCGAUGUGCGGAUCCUCGAUCUCGAGACCGCCAGGUGGAGCGACGGGCCCCCUCUCAAGAUACCGAGGGCGGGCCUGUGCGCGGCACAAGUGGGUGGAAAGAUUUAUGCGGCUGGGGGCUGGACCCGGGGGCCCGGGGAUGUGAUGGAUUCCGUAGAGGUGCUGGACCCGGAGGUGGGGGAGUGGGCGGCGGCGGGAGCCAUGCCCGCGGCGCGGCGGGACGGCGCCUGCGGCGCGCUGGGAGGCAGGCUGGUGGUGGCGGGCGGGUGGGGGGAGGGGGGCGCUACGGCGGAGGUCGAGGCGUACGACACGGUCACGCAGGUCUGGGACAACCUUGCCGAUCUCCCUCAGGCUGUGAGCAACGCUGCUCUGGUCACCCUGCCUGGAGAGGGGCUCCUGUUGAUAGGCGGCCAGACCGCAGAACAGGAGGGCUCCCCGCAUGUUUCCCAUGGUGUGUUCCACUACUUGGAGGCUCAUGACACAUGGGUGGAGCAGGCACAACUACCUGGGGCGAGGCUAGGGAUGGAUGCCGCCGCUGUGGAUGGGGUGGUGUAUGCCUUUGGGGGUUCAGACUGCACAGAGGGCGGCGUGUGCGUGACGGACGACUGCCAGACACUGUUCAGAAUCCAGCAGCCAGAUGUGUUCCUUGCGACAGGGGAUGGGAAUGAGCAGACAGGGAAUUCCAGCGAGGUGGGAUUUCUCGAUGAUUUCGUUGGCAGCGGAGGAGUCCUGCUGCUCAACCAGACCACGCUGCCAUCAUCAUUGGGUCCUAUACCUGGCGUCGCUGCAGCUAGGUCGCUGUUUGAGGGCACUGGCUUCUGGACAGAGAAGACUCCAAUGCCUUUCAGUCGGAGCGACCAUCAGGUCGUCGGCGUUGGCGACCUGAUUUACAUCAUCGGCGGCCUUACGAGCGACAACAAUGCUACAGAUGACGUCAUCAUCUAUGACACCGUCCUGGACACCUUCUCGCCAGGUCCAACGUUGCCCACCCCGCUGAUGCGCUUCGGCGCCGCCUUCUUGGCCGGCCCCGGCGGCGACCCCGCACGCGGCCAGAUCUACGUCAUGGGCGGCUUCGAAUCAUCUGCCGAUGACGCACCAUCCACCGCCGCUGUCCACAUCCUGGACCUCUCAACCGGCGCCUGGAGCGACGGCCCCGCCAUGGCCGCGCCAAGAUCGGACCUCUGCGGCGCUGCAGUCGGCGGAAAGGUUUACGCUGCGGGCGGCUGGCCGGACGGUUUCGGAGAGACGCUUGCGACGGUCGAGGUGCUUGAGGCCGGGGGGGUCGAGUGGGGGGCUGUCGAGGACAUGCCGACCCCGCGCGGGGACGUGAAGUGCGGCCGGGUCGGGGCGCGGCUGGUGGUCGCUGGCGGGUACUACGACCCUUCCGGGGCGUUUGCUGCCGAGUCGUUCAGGACGGAGGUGCAGGCGUACGACACAGUCACCGAAAGCUGGACCAGCCUGGCGCCCCUCCCUGACGCCCGCGGAGACGUCGCCCUGGCCGUCUUGCCGGGGGACCGCCUGCUGUCGAUCGGCGGAGAGACCCACGCCCGGGGGGCGCGCACUCAGGUGGCCACCCACACGGUCUCCGAAUACGAUGCGUCCCAGGACGUCUGGGUGCCCAAGGCGCCAGUGCCGGCCCCCAUUUGUUCUGCUCGAGAUGGGGUGAUGAUGGAGCAGUGGAGCGCCAGGCGGAGCCUUCAACAAUCAUCCACCGAUCCACCAUGA